GUGGGUGAAGUCCGUGUGAACUGUGGGCGCUUGGGGAACUACUCCAGUGUGGAGAACCUUUGUGCACCCAAGGCCUGUUCAGCAGGCGUCACGCUGCCCGUGACCUUUCGAAGUCUCAGCAGCUCGGUGACGACGUCGAUUGGCCUGGCUCACUUGCAACAAGAGACCACCUCCUGCAGUGCCAUCAAUGAGGCGCUGCGAGGUGACCUGCGCAUCGAUUGCCAGUACGGCGACCACGUGGUCGACACGUCCUCGUGCUACAUGGUGUGCCUACCAUCUCGACCCACCUCAGUGAUCUUUGCCGGGCAGACCACGGAGAUUGCCACUCCGCAGGAGCUCAUGGAGGGCAAAGGUUUCUUCAAGCCCUGCAGUGACCUGGCCACGGGCUACGCGGGAAGUGUCUCAGCCACGUGCAACGCUGGCACGUUGGAAGUGGACGUCGCCAUGUGUGAGUGGCGGCCUCAGCACGGCGAACGACGGACGGAGGAAGGUCACGCCUUGGCAGAACUUUGUGGUGAGUUCUCUGUGCCAGUUCAAGGUUUGCGAAAAGACCAGCUGAUCGACAUCUUGUUUGAAAUCGACAAUGCUGCAACCUUUGGCGCAGAGUGCAAGUCAUCGCCAUUGGGAUUUGAAGACCUCUUGGCAGUUUGCGUGAAAGCUCGUGUGAGAUACUUUCGACAAAAGAAAGCUCUGUCCUCGGAUCAGUUUCCAAGUUUUGAAGGUCUGUGGCAUGAUUUGACCUUUUUGAAUUCUUCAAGUUCCCCAAAGACUAGCCAAGGCUUGCAGUAG